AUGGCGGCGACAGCAGCCUGGCCUGCUCCUCGUGGGGGUCCAUCGCGUAUGAUGCCGGGAGGAUUCGAGAGCCGGCACGCUCCUGGGAGCGUUCGGGAAGCGAUGCAGCCACGCACAGCCCGACCCGAACAAGCCCUACGCUCAAGUAGAGCUCAAGCGGCAAGCGGAGGUGGACCUGCACCGCUUGAGGACCUUCCCGAUGAACUGGCAGAUGGCCUCUCGCCCAGCAAGAAGAAGAAGAAGAAAGCAGCAGAGAAGAAGAGGACCAAGACUCAGAUGCCCGACUUUCCCGAGGAAGUGAUGGAUGAAACGGGCGCUUUUUGGAAGUCUGGCAGGGUGCUUGGUCAGGUGAGUGACGUCUAGAGGCUGUUGCUUGGCGUUGCGGAUGUCUGAGCAAUCUUCUAUGCCCAAACACGACUCUUGCAGGGAGGUUUUGCCAGGGUGUACGACAUGUCGGAUGCUCAUGGCGCACGCAGAGCUUUCAAAGGAAUCAGCAAACUCGCCUUGGUCGAGAGCAAGAAGAACAAGGCUAAGGUGAGCGUGGUACAUGCAAUCCUUUGCACCCUUGCUCGAUAGCUUCGGCUGCUCAUUCUGUGGCAAGCAUUCUCCUCGCACUACGCAGCUCUUAGCAGAGAUCAUGAUCCACCGAUCUCUGGAUCACCCAAAUAUCGUACGCUUCGAAGAAGCGUUUGAAGAUGAGAACAACGUGUACUUUAGGCUGGAGCUCUGCAAGAACGGGGUACGUUGAUGUUCAUCCACUACCUACCAGGUAGCGAAGAAACGCUCACAGCUGUCUUCUGCGCAUUUGCACAGAGCAUGAACGACAUUCUCAAACGUCGCGGCGCAUACACUGAGCCAGAGACGCGAUUCUUCAUGAUUCAGAUCCUUGCCGGGGUACAGUACAUGCACAUUAACUCGGUGAUCCAUAGAGAUCUCAAGCUUGGCAACAUCUUCCUGGAUGAGGGGAUGAACGUCAAGAUUGGUGAUUUUGGAUUGGCUGCUCUGCUCAAGUACAGGGGCGAGCGCAAAAAGUGAGUCGGGUUCUGCUGCCGCCAACGACGUAAAGCUGACCUUUCAUUGUGAUCCCACGCUGACAGGACAAUGUGCGGCACACCGAAUUACAUUGCACCUGAGAUCAUCGAGGAUCCUCACUCCGAAGGACACAGCUUCGAGGUGGACGUAUGGUCUGUUGGUGUGAUUCUGUGAGUCUCUGUAGUUCAUGAUCGUCCGGAUCGCUUCAGCCUCUGACGUCAGUUUCACUUUUGCAGCUACACUUUGCUCGUCGGAAAGCCUCCUUUUCAAACCAACGAUGUCAACGGCAUCUACGACAAUAUCAGGACGAGCAACUAUCAGAUUCCAAAUGACGCGAGGAUUAGCCAAGAGGCGUGCGACCUCAUAACCCUUAUCCUGGCGCGUAACCCCGGUACGUGAUCGGAGAGUGAUCUCGACUUGCAGUCGAUGCAAACGACAUCUGACUUUCUUUUGCUUUGGUCCGAUGUAGCCGACCGCCCAUCCCUUAUUCAAAUCAUGAAUCAUCCGUGGUUCCAAGUAGGAGCUGUGCCUAUCGGCGUUCCCCAAAGCACCGCGAUGGGCAUUCCAAGCGACAUCAUCCUGCCUCGGACGGUGGCAGAAUCCCGUCAAAACUUUGAGCGUCUCAAGGCUGCUGCACGCUUCCGCGACGAUGCGGACGACCCAGUGGACGAAGAUGCCGACAUGGUAGACGAGAAUGGUCAGGCCAGCGUCAGACGUACUGCCAGGGAGGAGAGGCGAGAACAGGAACGCGUCGAGGAAGAGCGAGACAAGCUUAACAGGAGAAUCAACCAGGCUGUGCAGCCUGGCAGCCCCAUCGCCUCCUUACUCAAGUACGUAUACAUGCAAAGCGGUGCCAGCCUUGAUAAAACUGGUGCUGAUCAUAGUCAUCACGUCUCCCACACGCAAACAGAGCUGGGCGACAACCGCUGGUCAGAGUGGGUGGAGCUGGGGCCUCGACGAAUGCGGGCGUUCGCACUGGCGUUUCUAGCCUUGCCAAGCAGCUCAGCCAGCUUAACGUCAAAGCCCAACAUGGCCACGGCACGGCUGCUCCCAAUGGAGACAAGAUCAGUGCUUCGACUCGGGCUCGAACGGUCGACAAAGAGAACGCAGGACCUGGCAGCGGCAUGCCACCUCCACAAUUACCUCGCGCGCGUCAAGGACACGAUGGUGAAGCACUCGAUGUGGACGAGAGACGUUUGCUGGGUCAAAAGGCCCGGCUCGUAGCAAGCAUGACGGCAGCCGCUGGCAGCGCUGUGAGCGCCGCGAGUGCAGAGUCGGCGAAUCGUAGAGCUCGUGCUGGCGAUAUCGACAGAGCAUACGAGCAGCACCUUCAAGCUGCGCAGCAGCCGGGCAAGAAGCUGUCUUCAUACGAGGCCACUGUCAAAAAUCUCGGCGACGCGCUCCGCUGCUUGGACGACGACUUGCCAUUUGAGGCUGUCGACUCGGCGGGCGACCCCAUCGAGGUUUCUCUGUACGAGGACCAUGCGGAUCCGCAAGGACUCAAGCGUCCAAUCUUGCGACACGCCUUUGUGCUUUGCUGGCUGGACAACAUGGACCGCUUCGGCCUUGGAUACGGCCUGUCGGAUGGGUCAUUGGGCGCAUACUUCAGAGAUGGCUCGUCAAUGGUGUACAACAACAAUCGCACAUACUGCGAUUUCAACUACCCCGUCCGCACACGUCCCACGAGCUCUGCCAGCAACGCCGCCGACGAAGGAAGGGCUGGCCCUCGCGAGCUCAGAAGAGAGUCUUUACAAUUACCUGAACAGCCUGCGAGGGACACAACUCAAUCUGAUUCGGUCAGGACGCGUUGGCGCAUCAUGGCGCACUUCGAGUCGGAAAUUCACGAGCGUCUGCUCGGAAUGGACCACCCUUUGCUCCAUCCCGACGUGGAAGCUGAGAGCGGCAUGCCUUUCGUACACAAGUGGGACAGAGCCACCAACGCCGUCGUCUUCCGACUCAGCAACGGCAUCAUCCAAUUCAACUUCUUCGACCACAUCAAGGUCUUCCUCUCCAACGAAGGCUCCGUCGUCUCGGCCAUCGAUGUUGUGCGUGCCGAUGGAGGCCCAAGCAUGCGAAGCUGGCUUCUCUCGGAUCUGAUCGCCAUUGCGCACAACGAUCGAUCGGCAAGAGAAGCCGAGGAUGAAGAAAGGGUUCAGAAUGAAGGAGUCGAACCAAUUCUGGCUCGCACAAAGCCAGCAGAUAGGAGGCUCGCUAGAACCUUGAUUCGCAAGUUGAAGUACAUGCAUGGAAUUUUGGCUCCUAAGGCUGCGCCGUCUGCUAGAACAAGCAAGCCUCCCGUCGCUGGCACACAGUCCGCUGGUGUUGCCGGUGCCUCGGCUGCGAGCGGCGCGAUACGGACCAAUGCUCUGACUCGCACUGCAAGCACCGCAAGCGUUGCUAGCUCCGCCACCAGUAGUCACAUCACUGGUGCCUGA